CGCCCGGUGCACUGCGAUACGACGAUGGUCGGCCGUGAAAGCUGAACUGCAGCGAGAAUUGUUGUCGAACGGUGGCCGACGCCGACACAUCGAGACAUGGCAAGUGACCGCGAAGUCCUCCGGCAGGUUUGGGAAGGCAAGUUGCCAGUCUGCUUCACGCUGGCUGAAGAGGAACUUCAGGACCUUCAGACGCCAGACCCUUUCUAUCUGAUGGUGCCAAGACUCUCAUAUUUUCCUCUAGUCACAGAGAAGGUGAAGCGACACUUCAUCAAACAUGCGCACCCUGAGAAACAGGAGGCCGAGAUGUGGCUCGACUACAAUGGCACUCCUUUGAAAUGGCAAUAUCCAAUCGGGGUGCUAUUCGACAGUCUGCUCGGAGCCGAUGCUACUCUUCCGUGGAACAUUACUGUGCGGUUUGAUAGAUUCCCUGAAAAAGAACUGUUGAAGUGUCCCUCCAGAGAUGUCGUCGAGUCCCAUUUCAUGUCGUGUAUCAAAGAAGCAGACGUUCUAAAGCAUCGCACGCACGUAGCAACGGCAAUGCAGAAAAAGGAACACUAUCAACUGUGGCAGGGGCUGCAAAACGAUAAAUUUGAUCAAUUUUGGUCGAUCAACAAAAAGCUUAUGGAUUGCAACAGGAAUGAGGGAUUUAAGCACAUACCGUACCGAUGUCACAAAGGGGACCAGUUCAGUUUGCCAUUGCAGAGAUUAGUGAAACCUUUCGAAGAACCUGAUUGCCAAAAAACAUUGGGUGACCUGAUUCACUUUUUGCUGCCGAGUGAUGAUGAAAAUUCGCUCAAAGUGAUAAUCCAGGGAGUAGAACCUUCGUGGGACACUCCUCUGCAGUGGUUGAGUGAACACCUCAGCCACCCAGACAAUUUUCUUCACCUCAGCUUGCAUUCCAUUUGAGGCGCAACAAAUUUCCCACCAAAACUCCAGCUUUUAAGUGUUAAUUGCUUCUGUGUUUGCAUACGAUCAAGUCCGUACAGCGAGAAAGAUGCUUCUGUGUUGGUGGCAUUGUGAUCAAGAUAACUUUUAAUUACACGUACACGACUUAUUCGAGAAGCUGCUGAAUUUGGACCGCCUGACUUGCGUUCAGUUGUGCUGACUUUUGUUGCUCAUUUUUGGACUUGAUGUAUCCACAUGACUUUAUAUAAUAUAAUAUAUUCUUAAACACCUUGUAAAACCUAAACUAAAUAAGGGAUCGGGUCAGGUGUCUGCUGCUGAAAUGUUUUACUGUUCGACUGCCAAUUUAUAUUUUCUGACGCUUGUUCGAAAGCUAGAAACAUGAUGCUAGGGUAGUGAACCAACCUUUUCUUUCAAGCUAAAGGGGAAAAAUGAAAAAUGUAUUGCGGCCCCAGGCAUCUGAUUUGCGUCCACCUUCCCUUCACUGAAAAAUGCAGAAAGAUAUUGUUCAAUCUACAAAAUAAAACGAAUAUGUUAUUAUAAUACAAA